AUGCAGUCCAAUGCAGCUUACUUUGUUGAUGUUGGGAGCAUUGGGUGGACGUUAUUGGUAACUGUGAAUUGCGCAAAGGUUCAUGUUGUGGGAGACAAAUUGGGUUGGAACGUCCCCUUCGAACCAGGCUUCUUCGAUGAAUGGGCCAAGAAAAACACGUUCGUUGUUGAUGACGAGCUUCUUUUCCAGUACCACCAACAGUUGGACACAGUGGAAGUGGUGGAGAAGGAUGAUUAUGAAAAUUGCACAAACACCAAAGUCAUCCGCUCCUUGGUGUUGGGCAACUCCACCGUUCCUUUGGAAAAGCCUGGCGAUUACUACUUCUUCUCUUCCGUCGGCAAGCAUUGCGAGGCUGGCCAGAAGCUUCACAUCACUACUGAUGGAUCCAAAUCCAAUCGCUAA